CAACCAGAUAAGAGAUAAGGAGCCAAGAGCCAGCCAUAAAGUGUCGUAAGUCAUAAAGACGCAUAUCAGCAUCAGCAAACAACUUGAGCAGCAUGGAUAAGUGGAAUCUGCCUUCAAGGAAUCCAACGAAAGCCAACUUGCAGGAAUACGAGGACUGGCAAGACAUCGAUCGAAUAGUGGAGCUGCAGCUAUUAGAAACGGCGAAAUACCGUGAAACCUUCUGUCAACUAGCACGUAUCCUGUGUGCGCCUCCUACGCCCAACACCAAGAAGGACAUCCUGCGUGUCCUCUUGGCUCGAUUCAGACAGAAGUGCGCCGUCAAGCAGGCGAUGGGGCUCAUACAGCAGCAGGAGCAGUCUGCUAGCUCCACAGAGCUGGUGCAUCUCGAUCAGAUGCUGCGGGAGUUGGUCAUUGGUGAGGAUAAUCCAGCACAGGGGGGGGAGCAGCAGCAGGAGCAGUCUGCUAGCUCCACAGAGCUGGUGCAUCUCGAUCAGAUACUGCGGGAGUUGGUCAUUGGUGAGGAUAAUCCAGCACAGGGGGGGCAGCCUCCCCAGCAAUAGAUCAACAUCCCAACGGCAGCUACUAAACAAUGGAAAUGACCGAAUAAUUGUUGUAACCCAUACCUACCUGCAUUUAGAUGUCGUACUAGUCCCAGUUCUUCCUAAUUAUUACUUUAAUAUUUUUAUAAUUUUAUAUUAAUCAAAACGAUUUUUUUUUGUUAUUACAAAUAGGUGACUAAAGGCGAACGCAUUCAGUAACAGACAGACAUAUGCAGACAGCCGGAAAAAAAUCCACCACAGGUUAUCAAAUGUUGCAAAACACACAGACGGCCGUCUGUCUGCGUUACCUAAGGCUAGCUACACACGCAUCGGACACAGACGUCCAUCUGUCUGCGUUACCUAAGGCUAGCUACACACAUCGGACACAGACGUCCGUCUGUCUGCGUUACCUAAGGCUAGCUACACACACAUCGGACACAGACGUCCGUCUGUCUGCGUUACCUAAGGCUAGCUACACACAUCGGACACAGACGUCCGUCUGUCUGCGUUACCUAAGGCUAGCUACACACACAUCGGACACAGACGUCCGUCUGUCUGCGUUACCUAAGGCUAGCUACACACGCAUCGGACACAGACGUCCGUCUGUCUGUGUUACCUAAGACUAGCUACACACACAUCAGACACAGACGUCCGUCUGUCUGCGUUACCUAAGGCUAGCUACACACACAUCGGACACAGACGUCCGUCUGUCUGCGUUACCUAAGGCUAGCUACACACACAUCGGACACAGACGUCCGUCUGUCUGCGUUACCAAAGGCUAGCUACACACACAUCGAUUUUUGUUCGUACGAUUUUUUUGCCGUCCUUAUAAAUUCUAUCAGAUCAAACAGAUGAUGUUUGUCAAGUUGAGUUUAAUCUGAUAGAAUUCAUAAGGACGGCAAAAUAUCAUAUGAACAAAAAUGAAUGUGUGUGUGACUGGCUUGUCUGCAUGUAGGCGUUUGAUUACUUACGUGACUCUGUUGCAAUGUGCGUUGAUCUUUGAAGACCCCUAAUUAUAGGCCUAAGAGUUGAUGCAAUGUCUCUAUCUUAAUGUUUUAUUAAUUUACAAAUACAAUAAUCAUAAUAGUAUAAAUAAUAAUUGUUAUAUUGCAAUCAUCGGUACAGUGUUACUGACUACGGAUAAUCUAAUAAAAUUGUAUUGUAUCUUAAUUCGGACAAAUUGAAUCACAAGAAGUAUUGCCUAUUUAUAAUACAUAUAAAUACAGUGUGGGAAAUCCAACGAUAAUAAUGUUAUAGAGGAAUUUAUUAUCCAAAGAGAUUGAAGACUAUACACUGUAAUAAACUUUUUUAACCAGUCAAAAUUCCUAGUUUAUUCCGAAUUUCGAUGCGUGGUAGCAUUCUAAGAACAGUAUUAAUAAAAUACAUCGAUGAUAGUUCUAUUUUUAAAUGAAAUGAAUUGCUCAUGAUCUGUGUUUUUUUUCAUAAACUGAAUAAAAUUACAUUAUAUAAAAUACUAAUAAUCCUGCCAGACUUGAAUAUAUAAAAUUAUUAAAAUGAAUUAUUUGAGAAUUUCUAAAAAGAUUUGAAAAAAAAAUGUUUGCAAUGAGAAUCUUUUAAUGUUUAUAUAAAUAUUUUUUCUACAGUACAAGGAUAUGGAUACAAUUGAGGAAAACAGAGUAAACUAGAGGGUUGAAGACAUAGAGUUAUUUAGUAACCCUAUAAAGAAAAUUAUUAAUUUUACUAAGCUAUAAUUUUGAAUAAUAAAAUGAACCAAGCAAUAGUUUGAUCUCACUAAUGUUUAUUUUUUCAACUUUAACAUACUAUUCACCAUUCCACUCUACCAUCUUAUUGGCAAGAAGCAAAGAAUUAUUUUUAAUAAAAAAAAGCAAUUUGAAUUUUAAAUUUCAUAUUUUUGAUAAGUAGGUAUUCAGUUUAUGUAUGCAACAAGUCUUGGGUGCUGACUGCUCAUUUUAUAUUUAGAAAAAUAUGUUUCUCUAUUAUACAAUACUUCAACAUUUAUGUAGAUUACAUGUUACAAUCGUUACAGUAUUUCUGUUGAACUUCAACUUGAAAAAAAUUAAUGCGUAUUAUCAAGUUUGUUCACAUUAUUUAUUACGUUAUUGUAUGUUUUAUCCCAUUGAUGUUGUUUAAUUGUGCUUUAAACCUUUCCAUUAAACUGUGUUGUACAAUA